CUGAGAAAUCGACUCAUUAAUAGUUGCUUGUUCAGGUUCCAUAAACCAAUCAUAUGGAUAGACGGGCCAACUAGAGAUCAACCAGACUGUGGCUUUCAUGGAGAGCUUUGUAGAGAUUAUGGCGGGUACAUAUCAUUCAUUUCAUUUAUUCUCUUCUUUAUCGUAUUGAUUGGUGGAGCAAUAUCGGCAGGAUUUGUGUACAGAAGUCGAAAAUUCGAGAAAGAAUUGGCAAUGAUAUGGAAAAUCGAAGUCCGUGAAGUACAACGACUUAUGCAAGGCAACGCAUCGACAACAUCGCUUUUCCCGGAUGGAAAUGAUAUGGGUGAUCACACGUGGUAUACUGGCCAAGACGCCGAAAAGAAAGGUUCUGGUCUUCGAGGUGUCGCUUAUUACAAAGGAACUCUCGUUGCAUUGAAAGAGCUGACUUUUUCACGGAAACCUCGCGAGUUGACUAGGCAAUCAAAGAUCGAAAUGAGGGUCAUGCGUCAGCUGACACAUCCGAAUAUCAACAGCUUUAUGGGUAUCAUAAUGUGUCCGUAUUCAAUUUGCAUUGUUCGUGAAUUUUGCGCCAAAGGGUCGCUUAUGGACAUUCUACAGAAUCGUGAAUUCAAGCUCGAUCACUUGUAUAUAGCAUCUUUCGUGGAAGAUCUCAUAAACGGCAUGGUCUACUUACAUGAUUCUGAACUGCGAGUACACGGUAAUUUAAAAUCGACUAAUUGCUUGAUCACAUCAAGAUGGGCGCUGCAAGUCGCUGACUUCGGUCAUCAUGAAAUACGUGAAGGUCGUCAGUGGGAAAGUGAAGAAAGUCGGUGGAUGAGUUAUCUUUGGUGUGCACCAGAAUUGCUACGAGAAAGCGAGCUGAAGCACUCUGUCAAAGGUACUCAAAAGGGCGAUGUCUACGCGUUUGGAAUCAUCCUGCACGAAAUUCUUACACGACAAGGACCAUUCCAGAUAUUCGCUAAGAGCGACACACAAGUUCCUGAGAUUGUUGCUCGAGUGGCUGGCGGAACAUGUAGUCGCCCGAAUCUGUCAUGUAUUGAAGGCCAGGACUAUGUUAUCGAAACGAUGCGUUUGUGUUGGUCAGAAUAUCCUGAAAAUCGUCCAGAUUUCAAGAAUGGUGUACGACAUAGAUUGAAACCCAUGUUUGCUGGAAUCUACAAAAGGAAUAUCAUGGACCAUAUGAUGGUGAUGAUGGAAAAAUAUCAAAAUCAACUGGAAGAUCUGGUCGAUGAACGAACAGCUGAAUUGCGUGAGGAACAAAAACGCAGCCAACACUUGUUACAGCGAAUGUUGCCCAGGAGUGUUGCGCAGCAGUUGUUGGAUGGACAAGAUGUGGUUCCGGAAUCAUUCCCAUCGGUCACUAUUUAUUUCUCUGAUAUUGUUGGUUUCACUCGUAUUUCUGGAGAAUCCACCCCUAUGCAGGUUGUGACGUUCUUGAACAAAUUGUACACGAAGUUCGAUAGGAUAAUUCAGAAGUAUGAUGUAUAUAAGGUGGAGACUAUUGGAGAUGCUUACAUGGUUGUGUCCGGUGUGCCUAACUUCAAAGAGACGCAGUUCCAUGCCAAGGAAAUUGCACUCAUGGCUCUGCGGCUGUUGCGUGCCGUUCGGAACUUCAGAAUACCUCACCGUCCCAGUGAACAGUUAAUGUUGCGUAUCGGUAUUCAUACGGGAAGUUGUGUUGCUGGCGUCGUAGGAAAAACUAUGCCGAGGGGAGGUGGUAUAGUGGCGCAAGUGGCUGGCUCUGUCGACCAGUGGUCAUAUCGCUUAAAAUCCAUUGCUCUCAACCAACGCGAGAUGUCCUUUCGGCGAAUUCCCGGUUUUGUUCUCGAAGAGAGAGGAACUCUCACAAUAAAGGGCAAAGGUCCAAUGACAACGUACUGGUUGCUGGAUGCGGAGGGUUACGAGUUUUCGGAUGAUGAAGAGUCACGUGAAGAGGAACCGAGCCUAGCACCGGAGAUAUUCCCACGGAAUUCCACCUUCCGAACGAUGAGAGGCUCUGGAUUUGCGCUCAAUCGCGACUCCACAAUUUCGCUUUCUGCACAGAAAGAUCAGUCCUUCCUUAAAAGAUUCAUAGGCACUGUACGUCAACCUGCUCAGACGAACGACUCACAAACGAGUGCAUUUUUCUCGGCUAUGAAUGGUGGAGUCGUAUCGAUGGGAAACUCGUACAAAGAACUGCCAAGUGUGAAUGAAGAGGAAUCGCCAGGUGUCUCAGUUCCAAGGGUUUCGUGCACUCAUCAAAGUCGCAGUACUCGAUGGCCACCAUUCUCAUCGACGAGGAAUUGCAGUCAGCAUGCAGGCCGUGCAUCGUUCCCUACGGACAAUGAUGUGGCGUUGAGGAAGAGGUCAACAUCACUGCCAGACGGUGAAGUGUUAAACUUGGACAUGCUUGGCCCUCAGACAGUGGCGAACUCGACGGCGCCAGUUUCGUCGUACUGUUCGCCAUGUACGCGAAGGAAUACUGCAGAAUCGAGGUAA